UUCAUCUUAACAGAAUCCCCCUUUAUAAAAUGGUCAAAAUAUCGCAAAUUCCUUUAUUUUUGGAUAAGAGAAUAUUUUGGUCAUUUUGUAAUUGAAUUUUACGGCGAAAGAUUAGGAGAAAAAAAAAAAGAUAAAUAGAACAAUGCAAUACCAUCUCGUGUAAUCUUCACAAGUGUGCUUUCCCGAAUCUUCGCCGCCGCCGUGCUUCGAUCCACUGUCCCCGGCGCCACGAGGCAGGUCUACUUCGUCAAGGCAACUCCUUGCCUGCACACCCUCCUUCUCGGUCGCCCUACUUCUACGAUGAUCUGCCGAUUGUUCGGUUAAAUGUCUCACUGAGUCAAUUGGAAUACUUGGCCCAGGUUUCCUGAUGGCCAGGUUGUUCAGAGUUCGAAGAAUUAUGAGGAAACUUGGAUUUGAAAAGGAUGAUAUUUACUUCGUCAAGCAGAUGGGGAAAGCUAUGCUCUACACCUAUACGAUCUUUGGGCUAGCUUGGUUGUGGAAUGAAACUUCUCCGCUGGGUUGGUGGAAUAUUCAGCCGCGGCCAAAGGAGGAGAAAGAGAUGGCUCACCUAUAUGAGCGCAGAAGAUUUCCAUACCCGGGCGACCAAGAGGCAGUCGAUGAGUUCAUUAAAAGCGGAGGAAGUCUUGGCACUACCAUUGGACCCAAAGGAUUUAUAGACAGCGAUAAGGAUAUUGACAACCUGCAAAAACAAUUGCAGUCUCAAAAAUUUGAACAGGAAGCUCAAAAGCUAUGGUUUCGCAUGAGGAAUGAAGUCAUACAGGAGCUCCAAGACAAGGGCUUCGAUGUCGAGUGAAGAUGCUCGAACAAAGAGUACGAUUAAAGAGCUCGAUCACGGACAACUUUAGGAAAUUGACUACUACUAGUAGGUUAUGGUUGUUAAAAUUCCAUGCAUGUGCUGGUUUGAUUCUAUGUCAAGUUGCGACACAGUUGGCACAAAACUUUGGUUUGCAGAAUUCCUCUCUCACAAUAACAGUAAUAGCACUGUAAGAAUUCCCUUGUGCCGUUCAUAAAUGGUAUGAUGUCUGGUAUCGGCUGAUGUUCACAAAUGAAACCUGAAAAGAGUACUUUCACAUACCAUAUAUUGAGUUCAUCUCGAGAUAUAUUAGUAGUAGACAGUGCAUUAUUGUGUGUA